UUAUCUAGGACGGAGGGCUUUCCUUAGUAGUUGUAGGGAACGGAAAUUUAUGAAGUUGAAGUUGAUCUUCUCUUUUUUCGUGUUUUUCGCCGCAUGCAGCCUCAAACGGGGUGUGUAAAUGCCGCAGUAGAGUUUGCUGUACUGGGAGUCACCGUGUAGCCAAGGAGGAGUAUGGACUAUGAAAGGAGGGGAGGGCGGGGUGACCGCAUGGGUCGUUACGGAAACGACCUGGAUGAGCACGACUACAGAGACAUGGACUAUAGAGGGUACGGGCACGAAGAGGGAGAGCCGGGCGGGGCCUACGAGGACAGGGGCGUAGAGGAGAGACCGUACCGGAGAGACGACCGGAUGGCAGGAGGCGGGAGAGAGUUCAACUCUCCCAUUUUCCCCGACAACCGGCUGGGGUUCAGACAGAGGGGGGUCAGAGGGGACGAGAACAGGCCAGGGAAGGAGUUCCCGCGCGGCCCCCACUCCCACCCGCACCCGCAGCCGCCCCACUCCAGGUUCCGCCGGGACGAGCGGGAUUACGAGUUUGAGAGAGAGUACUACGACAGGGAGCCUGAAGGCCACAGGAGGGACUUCCGGGGGUUCAGGGGCCUACAGGACAGCGGAGCAGGUGGAGUUUACCCAGAUUCUGAGGAGGACAACAACCGAGGUGAACUGGAAGAGGAAGGAAGCUGGCGCAGGAUGGAGGCUAGCGCCCCCUCUGGCCAGGAUGACUAUCCCGGUGGAAGGAGAGGAGAGGAGGAAAAAUAUUCAAGGGGGCCAGACAAGAGACAGGAGUUCCCGGAGCCGUUGCGGGGGAGUGUGGAGCGGGGAGACCGGCCGUACUGCGGUGGACAGGAAGCUGUGCUGGAGGAGUCCUCCUCGGGCUUCCCCACAGACCCCGAGCUGCGAGACCAGGACUACCGGGCUGACAUGGACCAGGGCCAGAGGCCCAGCAACAUCAUCAUGCUCCGGAUGCUGCCGCCCAACGCAACCGUCAACGAAAUCCGGUCCCAGCUGCAGGAGCAGGGAAUCCAGCCCAGAGAGGUACGCCUCAUGAGGAACAAGUCUUCAGGUCAGAGCCGAGGAUUCGCCUUCGUCGAGUUUAGUCACUUGCAGGAGGCCACCCGCUGGAUGGAGACCAACCAGAGGGUGCUGACCGUCCUCGGGCAGAGAGUGUCGAUGCACUACAGCGACCCCAAGCCCCGUGCCAACGAGGACUGGCUUUGCAACAAGUGUGGAGUACAAAACUUCAAAAGGAGAGAGAAGUGCUUCAAGUGCGGUGUCCCCAAAUCAGAGGCUGAGCUCAAACUGCCCCUGGUGCAGAAGGAGGUCCCCCUGGGCCACCUGAAGGAGUCUGUGCAAGGCUUACUGCCCCUGCCCACCAUCUACACGCCCGCAGCCCCGGUGCUGCCCAUAGGGGUGCCAGCACAGACCGGGGAGGUAGCCAAUGACACUCUGAUCCUGAGGAACCUGGGCCCGCACACCGCGCUGGAGUCCAUCCUGGCCGCCCUCGCUCCCUUCGCCACGCUCUCCCCCUCCAACGUGCGCCUCAUCAAGGACAAGCAGACGCAGCUCAACCGGGGCUUCGCCUUCCUGCAGCUCAGCACCAUCGUGGAGGCUUCCCAGCUGCUCCAGAUCCUCCAGGCUCUGCAGCCCCCGCUCACCAUCGACGGAAAGAUCAUCGUCGUGGAGUUCGCCAAGGGCUCCAAGCGAGACGUGUUCCUGACAGACGGCAGCAGGGUGAGCGCAGCCACCGUUGCCAGCACGGCCAUUGCAGCAGCACAGUGGGCCGUCACACAGACGGCACAGAGUGCUGCGGCAGCAUCCCAGACGAGCGACUAUGGCCUCUACCAGCAGGGGGCGACAGCUGCGGCCUACAGCCAGGAGGGCCAGGAGUACCUGGGGACUGAGGGACAGAGCUACGAAGGGCAGGUGGCAGGAGCCGGUGCCGUCCCUGCCACCCCCGGCGCUGGACUCAUGGGGGCUUACGGAGGCGCAACUGCAGCUGCAGCCGCGGCGGCGGAGCCCGAGGUGCCAGGAGUGGACGCAGCGCAGCUCACGCAGGCGCAGACGCUGAUGGUCACCACGGCAACCACCACACAGUCCGCGCAGGCUGUCCUGUACACGCAGGCCCCUGCAGCCCAGAAAGCCGAGAUUGUUGGGAAGCCCCAGCCUGCCGCCCCCAGCCAGCCAGCCACGCCUGGCACGGCCAUGGAGUACCAGCAAUACCCUGUACCGGAUGUGUCCACAUACCAGUAUGACGAGAGUUCCGGUUAUUAUUAUGACCCCCUGACAGGACUCUACUAUGAUGCCAAUUCCCAGUACUACUACAACUCCCACACGCAGCAGUACAUGUACUGGGAUGGGGAGAGGCAUACUUAUGUCCCUGCACCCCAACAAACCUCUACGGAGACUACUAACACCUCUUCAGGGGAUCCAUCGACAAACCCUCCCGGCUCUGCUCCAAAUACGAAGGACAAGAAGGACAAGCCCAAAACCAAAACUGCUCAGCAGAUAGCCAAGGACAUGGAGAGGUGGGCAAAAAGCCUGAACCGACAGAAGGAGAACGUACGCUCCCUCUCCACCACCCUCUCCUCUGCGACGUCCCCGCCCGGCCACGCCCGGCCCGCCGCCCACGGCCGGCUCGACGACAGGAGAGAGUCCGCCAGCGCCGACGCUGGCUACGCCAUCCUGGAGAAGAAGGGUGCGUUGUCCGAACGGCCACAGACCCUGAUGGACCAACUGAAGCGUGCCGAGGAGAGAGGGAGGAGCAGCCCACCCCAGGGCCUGGUGGCGGCCUACAGCGGCGAGAGCGACAGUGAGGAGGAGGCAGGGGCGGAGAAAGGGGUCGACAAGGAGGAGAAGCUGACGGACUGGUCCAAGCUGGCCUGUCUGCUGUGCAGGAGGCAGUUCCCCAGCAAGGAGGCCCUGCUCAGGCACCAGCAGCUGUCAGAGCUGCACAAGCAAAACCUGGAGCAGAGGAAGUCCCGGCAGGCAGAGCAGGAUGGGGCAGAGAGAGGGGAGGGGGAGCUGAGAUACAGAGACAGAGCAGCGGAGAGGAGGGAGAAGAUCGGGGUCCCAGAACAGCCUGAAGCCAAGAAGAGAAAGUUCAGUGGCGUUGAUGGGGUGGCAGGGAACAGCCUAGGAGCUCGGAUGCUGCAGGGAGGAGUGAAGAGGGGUCUUCUGGUUCGGAACAUCCAGGUGGAGUGAGGGAUGUCCAGUACCUUGAAAAAGACUCACUUCGAACUCACAAACUCUUCCUUGUGGUUGUUAUUGUUUUUUUUUUUUUUUAAAUAAAUCGGCAGUGUAUAGAAUCACUGCACCGCGCUGAGAGUGUGAGACUGUCAGAAGUGUGACUUCACGGCGAAGAUCGCACAUUGCAUGUCUUUUCUCAACUCCAGAGCCCUUGGUUCAGCACUAUAGCAGCCGGCUCUCCUGACGCAGCGGUUGCUGGUGUUGAGAACGCCUCGGCCUGGAGGAGCUCCACGCGUGGGGACCUUGACUCUGUCAAAAUGGAGACUCCGGACACUUCCGAGUUACGAGUCAGCCUCACUUGUGACUGUGGACUCGCGACCACAUCGGAGACUCGUAGUCGACUUAACCUUAACCUAUGCACUAUGUCUAUUGGAUUAGGCAUGCUCUGCCAUAUAGCACUCACAGAGAUGCACAGAAAACUAUAUUUAGUUGUUUUCGGACUGGGGAGGACUUUGAUACAAGGUGACUGUAGGUUUAUUGCGAAUGCAUAAAUGGCAAUCUUCCACAGACUGGUUUUCAGCUUUUUGAGCAUGACGGGGCUGUGAAAUGAUGAGAGAUUUUGUGCAUGACUGGCUGAGAAGUAUUUAUAAAGCACAUUAGUAACAAAACUACUCCGAAUGGACUAGCAUCUAGUUGAUCGGGAAUGGAAGGUUCUCAGAUUUGAAUCCUUUCUUCCACAUGAAUUACCAAGCUGCUCGCACUGGAAGAACUUUGGGCGUCGCCCAGCAUGAAGGGCAGGCUUUUCAUUCGCCCAUGCAGCCUUCACUCAAAUGAUUGCAUUUUCACCUGACCUGUGUCAAACCCCCCCUCCCCCCGACAGAACACCUGUUUUCAAGAGGAACAAUCUUUUUUCACUUUUUCAAAAAUAAAACUAAGACUGUAAAGAAAGGUACUUUUAAACCUUAUCCAUUAGGUGUCAGCUGUGCCAGGCAGUAAAGUGCAUUCAGAUGGUGACUGUUUACAGCACUGCACUACAUCCGGCUGCAGAACUGAAUACAUCACAUAUUGGGUACAAAAUGAAUGGGACCCCACUUGAAAUUCACUGCCGCUGCCUCUCCUUUUCACCCACAUGCCCAGAUGAGUAGCUUUGGUGAGGGGUGUUUGGGUAUUUCCUUGUCUCUAGCUCUAAGGCUUGUUAUUUUUUCUGGUUCUAAGCCCUGCAUCCCCUAGGUUUUAACUACUUCAUUUAGCCGUGUUAUCUAGCUAUGUUUUGGAACCUUACAAAUUUUACAGAGUUGUAUACAUGUCCAUUUUUAAGUUCACUUUUUCUUCUGAAUUUUUAAGUUUGAAACCAGCAUUGAUAUGGUUCACCAUAAUUAAUCUGAUAGCCAACAAUGGUCUUAAAGAGAAAAGCAGCCUCAUCUAUCAUCUGGGACCCCUGAAUGUCUAGUGUUGUGUGGAAUAUAUUAUUUGACUGAUAACAUGUUUUUAGUGGCUACUCUGCAAGCCCUGUACUGAGGAUUUUCAAACUCUCCCAGGAAAAAGCUGGGAAUGAGGAUGUAAGCAGUUUGUUUUGCGAUGUCUGUCAUGGCUUUGUAGCUUUCAGAACACUAAAUAAAUUGUAUGGGAAUCUCUCCAUUCAAAGCAUUUGAACUAUGCAUUUAGCAAUUACCUUACUACUUUGCCCAGUAAUUGUAUGGAGUAGUCUAUUUUUAUGUUGUACACAAGUUCUGUAUGCAGUGGUACAUGCUGACUCAGUCCAGAGUAAAUUUAU